AUGGAGGAGAAAACUAAGGAUGAAAUUAACAAAGAUAAUAUAUCCUGGAACGCUGCUCUAUCUGCAGCCUAUACAAAUGUUUCUUGCGUGGAGGAAACUUUAGCAAUUUCUGUGCAAAAAGCCCAAAUUCAAAAUGAACAAAAAAAAUUUCUCGGAAAUAGUAUUAUUUUAAUGGAUAAAAAUGACAGUCACAUAGAUGAUCAAGAUGCAUGGAGUCAAAUCGUAGAUGAUUCUCUCAAAAAACAUGAUAACGAACACAAAAUCAGAAUAGAAAAGAUGCGCACAAUGUAUGAAGACAGUAAAGCAGUUUUAGAAGCAGAAUUAAGGACUGUUGAUCAGCGUUUGCAUGGAUUAGUUGAAGAAUAUGACGAAGCUAAAAAAUUAUUAACGCGCCAAAUACCAGAAAAUAUACCCACGAAGAUUGAAGACAUGCAGAAUCUUAAAGAUCGCAUUGAAAAAGCUAAAAAAGCAUUAGAAGAACUUGACGAAAAAAAGAAUUCAAUGGAGGAAUCAUUAGCCGCUGAAAAUGAAGAAGAGAAGUAUGAUAUUCCUAGUGAGGAAAUAUCACCAUCACGUGGAAAUAAUUUAAAGCAGAUCUUAGAUAAUACAACUCCCAGACUGCCUACCAAGAUAAAUCGCAGCAACUUUUUUAAUUAA